GGCCCGGUUCACCGAAUCACCAUAUUGGAUUUCACACACCUCGGGGUGACUGUGUUUCAUGAGACGCCGUCCGCCAGCGAGCCUCCGAACGAAGCCUCUUGCCGCCGACGCCGCCGAUUCGAGCGUCCGCCGACCCAGAAAAGCGUCGAAGAACGGCCAGCGGAGGCCGGACGAGCCGGAGCCACGCCGCGACCUUCCCAGACACCAGCCCGACGGCGAGUUAUGGUAUUGAGAGAUGGAGGGAAAGGUUUAUGUAGAAAAAGGCACGUUUUGUGCAGUGAAGAACUGCAACAGCAGUUACCAUAUAACGAGACACUUGAGCGGUGAUGAGGCCAUCAAUUAUUUCCGAUGUCCCCGCGACGAAGCUGUGAAAAUGAAAUGGAUUGAGGCCUGUGGGCGGGCGCAAGUCCAGUACGUGUGCUCGCUCCAUUUUGAAGAGGAGCAGCUCGUACGCGACCAUGAGAACAGGAGUGUAUCACUCCAGCCUGGUUCGAUACCGACUCUCAACCUGCCGAAGAACGAGACCGCCGAAGACGUGGUUGUCGAGCAGGUCAUGCUCAUGGAACCUGUCUCGAUGCCGGCCAGGGGCACAAAGCCUAUCGCCCGGAAGUCAACUGUCCCUCCCAUACUCAAAAAGCCGAUGCGAAAGAAGGACGACGACGACCUGGAAGAGUUCAGCAGGAUGAUGGAAAGCGAAGUAGAGCCGGUGGAGAAAAGUGAGUCAGUCGAGAAAAUAACCGAAGAGGAGUUGCUCGAAUGCCUGUCGUCCCCGAGCCACAGGGAGGAGGAGAAAACCGAAGAGGUCGAUCCAUCACUGCCAGAAGCCUACGUUCUCCUAUCUAAAUGCGAUCUCCCUGAGAACACGACAACUGUGUAUUUAGAAAAUGAAAACAAACUACAGGAGGAGAAGGAAUGUUGCGUAGGGGAUUGCCCGAACACGGAGUCGACUAGGAUACGAGGCAAGCCGCUCAUGUUCUACGAGUUCCCAAAGGACUCAAAGGCUAGGCGUAAGUGGAUCGAAUGGACGAAGGUCCACCCAAAGAGGAUGGACCCGAUUUACAUAUGCUCAGAUCACUUCACGCUCGCCGACUUUGACGAAAAGAACGAGACUGAGCUGAAAUCGUACGCCGUGCCAAGCAAGAAGCCACGACGUGAGGAGAGAAUGCGUGAAGAGGCGCCGCCCGAGAAGCAGGGCCGGUCGCGUCUUAAGUCGACUCAUGUCGUACGGCAUGAGUUGGAGUCCGAGCCCGAAGAAGACGAAGAAGCCAAAAAAGCCAAAAAGGCAAAAUUUUCACCAAAAAAGACUGCAGAGGAAGAAAAGAAAGCAAGAAAGUCGUCCAAGCUGAGUGGCAUUAAAUGCUGCGUUGAGGGCUGUUUGACGAAACAGGGCGACGGACUUCAUUUCUAUCCGUUCCCGAAUGAAAAACCCGUACGGGCUGCUUGGCUCGUCGCUUCCAAGUAUUCAGGCCCGAUGACAGAAACGACGGCUGUGUGCUCGAGGCACUUCUUGGCCAAAGACUUUGUCCCAACGCCUGGAUCCGUACUUCCAUCGACUAGGUUACGAAGGGGUACGAUACCUUCUAAGUUUCUACCUGACAAAUCAAAGAAGUUCAAAGCGACUCGGAAACGGAAAAUACUCAAAGAAUCGUCCUCUGAAGACGAAGGUCCUGAUUCGUAUCUCGACCAGUUGCCGCCUGAAAUAAGGAAAGGGCUCGAACAGAAAGAAGAGAAGACGAAGAAGCUUGGUAAGAAAAUUGAGAUAAUCGCCGAGUUCGACGAGGAGAACGACGGUUCGAUAAAGAAAUCGUACAAAGUUGUUAUCAAGAAGAUCAAACGUAAAGGGCCGGAGGGCGAGAGAAAACGUGGCCUACUCAUGGACUGCAAAAACAGCCUGAUACUUGUCAAGAAGAUAAUUGAAGGGCUCGACAUCACUCGGAUGCAGGAAAUUAAAUUUAAGCCUGGAGAUGUCGAAGAAUCUCGAGUGGUUUUGACAGGGACAGGCGGCGGUCCGAAGCCCCAAGGGUCGUUGCCGGUGCUCACGUCUUUAAACCAGGGGUCGAUGUCACCGGUCACAACUCUCAAAGUGCCCGUCGUCAAGACACAAGACGGCCAGGCAUUCGUCCGCGUUCCGAACCCAAGCGGCCAGCAGGUCCAGAUCUCGCUGCCGCAGUCGUUCAUUGUCCAGGGCCAGCAGCAGCAGCCGCUCCUCCUCCUCCAGGGCCAAGGCCUCCAGAAGCAGGUGCUGCUCAAGGCGCCACCACUAGUCAAGACGCAGGACAAGAGUCCGUCAACAUCCUCCCUGGCAACGACGACUGCUACGACUACGACUGCCUCGGCCGACAAGCCUAUCCUGCCCAAGUCUAAUGCUGCUGUCAAACAAGACGAGGAGAAAGAAAAACGAGCCCUCAACAGUGCCGAAGAGCUUGCCAAAAUGGAGGAUGAGAUGGCCAAGUGCAAACUGGCCUUCGAACUUCAAAGGUAAAGGUACAAGAACAGCGCACAGAAACAGGGAGCCAAGAUCAAAGUGCUCCAGCAGUCAAAGAGGAGGCUCGAGCGCCGUCUACACGUACUCAAAAAGACACUCGACCUGGCGCGCAAGGAGAGUUUCAUGUGCGUACUUGAACCGGACGUUGAAGGAAAAGCGUGAGGCACAGGUCUUUUCCUCUAUUUUACAUCGUAUUUUUUCCCAAUCAAGUGUAAAUAGAACGAUUAAAGGAAAAAAAAGUUUUGACUCUUGAGGGAACAGCCUUGCUUGCCCCCCUCCAAAGUUUAAAAAAUAUUUUAUUUUCAUGAAGUGUAAAUUUUGUAAAUUGUUGUUUAGGAAAAAAAGCACAAGAAAGAAGGUAUAUUUUAUUUUUAAAAAACAAUAAAACAUU